UUCUUAUUCUUUACAACACAGCUGCUCUUCUUUACAAAUGCAAAAGAAUAUCCUCUUGCGGGCUGUGGACAUAACUUUUAUAUGGAAAUAUGCGGAUGACAAGAAUUUUAGACCGGAUCGGAAAAGGAAUUAGUAACACAUAGGGAAACAAAAAGCGCGGGCAACCGUCAACAAAUCACGAUGGCAAUACGGUGCGACGUUGCUAAGCGAUCCAAUAACACAUCAACGUAAGAUUAUAGCGUAAAUACACAUCAUUUGUGUAAUCUUUCUGGUUCAAGGAGGCAAGAGAGUAGCGUACACGCGUGCACGAACACGGACUUCCGCUGUGCCCGGAAUUGUACUCCGGGAAACAUGCGGGCACCUGACCCGAGCCUGGUUUUUUCUUCAUGUUAUAUCGUCAAUGUGAGGAAGGGCCCCUUUCCUUCCUCUCCCUUCAAAAACCGCUUCGUGCCACCUCAGGUGAUCAUCACCGUAGAGCAAAUCAAACAGCACCAGAUUCAGGCAAGGCAAGCAGCACAUUCAAAACACACAUGCCAUCAAGUAGGCAGCGCAGCCACUCAUUCAUACACUCUUACUCAUCCGCUUCCCUCUUACUACACAUCACACGCAACAAAUAAUAAAACAUGUCAUACUACCAUUCAAUGUAUAACCCGUAUGGCGGAUACGGCGGUGGAAUGGGCUAUAAUCCAUACAGCACGUACGGUGGCAGUGGGAUGUACGGACCAUCGUCAUACAUGUACGGCAGUGGUGGAUACGGUGGAUACGGUGGAUACGGCGGAUACGGCGGAUACAGCGGAUACAGCGGAUACGGUGGCUACUACCCUUCGUAUGGUGGCGGGUACUAUGGUGGACGAUACGGACGAGGAGGCCCAGGACUGUUCCGUGGUCUUUUGAAUCGAAUUCGAUACGGCUCAUACUACGGUAAUGCAUACUCACCUAUGACUGGCGGCAUGUAUGAUUCGCAUGGACGACGCUACUAUCCCGGUGAAGCAAACGUAGUGAGCUCCGUCAAAGAUUUAUGGAAGAGCAACGACGUUUAUUAAAGAGUAAAAAUAAGCCCUCAAAAAAUAAUGUAAAACGCAAAACCUCCUUAUUUUCCCUCUCACCACCAUCACCACCUGUUUGUACAUAUC